AUGGGACACGCCCAUAGACAUCGUGGCCAUGGCGCAGGUCAUCAGAAGCGCGACAACAACAAUCCCCUGAACGUGGUUUAUGUGACAGCCCCUGCCGACUUCGAGGGUGAAAUUGGUGGUUAUUUGACGAAUAUUCAAGACAACACCCCGACCCAGACCAAAGAGGCCAACGUAGGUGUUGGUGCUGCUGUGCAAGCAACCCAGACCAAACAGGCCAACGUGGGUGUUGGCGGUGCUGUGCGAGCAUCUCAGACAUCUUCCUCGCAGGAGGAGACAGCGACGCAGCAGGCGAAUGUGCAAACCACCCAGCAAGAGCAGACUCAGGCGACUAGCACCAAAGAGCAGGCUCAGAUUACCACCGAAGCGCCCCUGACAACUGCGACUGCCGCUGCGACGACAAAACAGACUGCCAACACCGCUGCCAACAAUAUCGAUGAGAAUGCUACCAAUGUGCCAUUGACUACCUUCUCGACUGCUACAUCUGAGACAGGAUCUGAUGCGACAGCGACUACUCCCACCCUGCAGAACAAUGCCGAAUCAAACUCCGGCUCUUCGUCUUCCUCAAACUCGUCUGGUUCGCCCUCUGCGACCCCUGUAUCUGCGGGUGGAUCCGAGGCGCUCAGUGGAGGUGCAAAGGCAGGAAUCGCAAUUGGUGCUAUACUAGGAGUUGGUUUGGUCGCAGUUUUGAUCUUCUUUUUGGUCCGUAAGAAGAAGCAAGGCCAGAAGCUGGAAGAGGAAGAAAACGAAAAGGUUUGGGGAAACCAUGGCUCAAUGCCUCCAGGACCUACUCCCCUUCCUCCGCCGCCAAUGCCCAUGGUAUCCGAGCCAGAGCCAAAGGUUUCCUCUACAGAGCCCCCUCAACUCAAUGUUCGUCCAAUCACACAAUUCGCUCCCGAUCUCACUCCGUCUCAGAGCAGUGUACUCUCUCUCGGUGCUGGUGGUGUUGGUCCUGGUGCUGGGUCAAGUGAAGGCGCGUUGCGCAAUCUCACCGGUAACACGCCGCCCCAGACACCGCAAUCAAGUAUCAGCAACCCCAAUCCAUUCCACGACCCUGUCAAUCCCUUUGGCAACCAGGCUGAGGCUGCUUCUCCGAUCGCCCCUUCUGCUGUCCCAGGUCCUGCAAACACUGCAGCGCACUCGACGCCAGAUUUAACCCACAAUGACUCUGCUAUCGGUGUUGCUGUUGCUGGCGCUGCGGUAGCAGGGGCUGCUGGUGGUGUUGCCGCUGCAUCGGCUUCCAAGGAGAAAGCUCUGCCAAAUCGACCUGAAAGUGCGCAAUCACGAUCGCCAUCCCCACAUGUUCCCACGGCACCAAGCCCUGUAAGCGCUAUUAGCGAUGAUGCUGUGGCUGCCGCUCCGGUUGUCCCAACCGCGGGAGCAGCUGGACCCAGUCCCGGCCCAACCAACGUUCAUCGGGUGCAGUUGGACUUUGCUCCUUCAAUGGACGAUGAGUUGGAUCUCCGUGUGGGACAGCUGGUCAGAAUGCUCCAUGAAUACGACGAUGGCUGGGCUUUGUGUAUCCGACUCGAUCGUUCUCAGCAAGGUGUGGUCCCCAGGUCUUGCCUCUCUGCCGCGCCUGUGAAACCACGAACUCGACCACCUCCUGGAGCCGGCCCCGGCCCGCGAGGUCCACCUAUGGGGCCUAAUGGCCGUAUGGUUGCUGCGCCUGGGCCCGGACGGUUCUACCCCGGUGAUAGUCGACCCAUGCCUCCAGUCCACCCUGGUUACACUGCCCCCCCGCAGCCGCAACCUUAUCAACCGCGUCCCAUGCCCCCUGCACAGUUUCCAGCUGCCCCCCGAUCGUUUUCCCCAGGACCGAGUGGCCGACCCAUGCCUCCACGAUGUAUGAGCCCUGGACCAUAUGGGCCACCGGGAAUGCAGAGGCCCGACAUGGCCCCCGCCAACCGGAGACGCAGCAACAGUGCUGGGGGUGCUCUCAGAUACGGACCUCCUGGCCCGAUGAUGCCACCUCCAUCAACCCAGCUUCCCGCUAUUCCCAAUCUUUCGUCGAACGGUCAGAUUCCGAGAAAACCUGUCGGCAACAGUUACGAUUUUUAA